CUACAAAUACUGAGCCAAGACCCGGGAGAGACACAUACUGUAUUUCCCCUGAGCUGAGGACUCACUGAAAACACACUUUAGUCAACGGAGACAGACGCAGACAUGGCCCAAGCCCUGGACUUUGAUCGCUGGAACCUGGAGUGUGAAUUCAACAACACAGACCACCGCACUGAUCUGAACGGCGUGGAUCGUCUGAUUGUGAGAAGAGGCCAGCCGUUUUCCAUCAGCCUGUACCUUCGAUCUGGAAGCUUCCAGCCGGGGGUCAGCUCCCUCGACUGCAUUGCAGAAACAGGUCCUCAGCCCUCGGAGCAGUACGGCACCAGGGCGUCCUUCGGCUUAUCUGCUCACAUUGACACGUCCCGCUGGAGUGCUGCUGUCGCCAGUCCCCCAGGGGACACGGUGGCCCUGUCCAUCUGCUGUGCUCCUGAUGCCCCUAUCGGCCGCUACACUCUGACCCUGGGGCGAUCGGCUCGGAUCGAGUUCAUCCUGCUCUUUAACCCUUGGUGCCCAGGAGAUGCAGUGUACAUGGACAAUGAACAGAACUUGGCAGAGUACGUCUUGUCUCAGGAUGGGCUCAUCUUCCGAGGCAACUACAAACACCCCAUACCCACUCCCUGGAACUUUGGCCAGUUUGAAAGUGGAAUCCUGGAUAUCUGUCUGAGGAUUUUGGACAUGAACCCAAAAUGUCUGAGGAAUCCUGGGAAAGACCAUUCAGGGAGGAGAAAUCCCAUCUAUGUGUCCAGAGUACUGAGUGCAAUGGUGAAUUGUAAUGAUGAUAAAGGAGUGUUGCUGGGAAAAUGGACAGACGGCUAUGAAGGAGGUGUAAGCCCCAUGUUCUGGAGGGGCAGUUUGGAGAUUUUGCGCAACUGGGACACGCAGGCCUGUGAGCCCGUUCGUUAUGGACAGUGCUGGGUGUUUGCUGCAGUCGCCUGCUCUGUUUCCAGAGCCCUCGGCAUCCCCUGCAGAGUCGUCACCAACUACCUCUCAGCCCACGACACCAACAGUAACCUGGUGAUUGAGCGCUACGUCAAUGAAAACGGAGAACUUAUUCAGUCCAGAGAAAUGAUUUGGAACUAUCACUGCUGGGUGGAGAGCUGGAUGACGAGACCUGACCUUAAACCAGAUUUUAACGGCUGGCAGGCCAGUGACCCCACACCUCAGGAAAAAAGUGAAGGGGUGUACUGCUGUGGCCCCAUCCCUGUCAGGGCUAUUAAGGAGGGCGAGCUCACGUUCAAAUACGACGCCCCGUUUGUGUUUGCUGAGGUCAACGCUGAUGUCUUGACCUUCAUGAGGAAACAAGAUGGCAGCACGUCAAAAGUCACCACGACCACGUUGGUGGGCCAGAAGAUCAGCACCAAGAGUGUGGGCAGUGACGCCAGGGAGGACAUCACUCAUCUUUACAAGUACCCUGAAGGUUCUGAUGAGGAGAGGGAGGCUUUCACCAAAGCCAACCAUCAGAACAAACUGCUCCAGCAGCAGCAGAACCAGGGCCUGCACAUCGCUAUCAAAGUCUCACCAGAUAUGAGGAAGGGCUGCGACUUCGAUGUGUUUGCUGUAGUUACUAACAACACACAAAGCGAGAAGAAGUGUCGCCUGGUGUUUGGAUCCUGUGCUGUGUCCUACACUGGUGUUCUUGGUGGGAACUGCGGCUUUAAAGAUCUGCUCAAUGUGGAACUGGCGCCAGGAGGAGAGAGGCGAGUUCCUCUAAGACUGAACUACUCUAAGUACGGUGACCUGGUCACUGAGGACAAUUUAGUCCGUCUGGCAGCUCUGCUGAUCGACUACAGCUCCAGAGAAGCAAUAAUGGCUGUGAGAAACAUUGUGCUGGAGAAUCCUGAAAUCAAAGUCAGAAUCCUUGGGGAACCGAAGGAGAAUCGUAAAUUGGCAGCAGAGCUCACUCUUCAAAACCCUCUGCCUGAGACGCUGGAUAACUGCUGCUUCAGCAUCGAGGGGGCCAACCUCACUGGUGGACGUGUCAUCUCUGAGAGGCUGGGCUCCACUGUCGGACCAGGGGAAGAUGCAAAAGUGAAGAUAUACUUCACUCCCAACCACUCUGGCCUCAGGAAACUGGUGGUUGACUUUGACAGCAACAAGCUGUGUCAUGUAAAGGGCUACAGAAAUGUCAUUAUCGGAAAAUAAAGCUUCAACUGUGUUUACAGUUCACCACCCGACGGGAGGAUGAAACAUGUUUUCAGCUAAAUGUAUAAAAAAUGGAAAUGGUUUGAACUCAGCUAUCUACACACAAGUAAAUAGACCCUCUUUAAUAGAUCGAAUGCUUUUUCCAUUAAAAUACUUUAGAAUCUCACUGCCUACUGCAGAAUGGUUUUAUGCAGAAACAUACUUUAUUCACCUUGAACCCAUCAGCUGAAGUGAUGGAUUUAAAGUACUAUGUACUAUUUGUAUAAUUGCUAAUUUUGUGCUUCCACAGAAAUUUUGAUUCCAAUAAAACAAUUUAAAUUGGGAA